GAAACGUCACUUCCGUCUCUACUCCACCAUAGCCAAAGAAGAUGGCGGUCGUUGUAGAGAAAGUAGAUGGAUGUUGUGGUUCUUUGGAGCCAGGCACGGUGUCGCUGAGGCAGGCCAGCCCUCCCCCAGACCAGCCGCACCAGAACAACCCGCUGCUGGCGCUGCCCAUCGUCGCUAUCGAGAAUAUUCUGGAUUUUCUGUCCUACGAUGAGAUCAGCGUGCUGCGUUCGGUGUGCAAACGCAUGGAUACAAUCUGCCAGCGGGUUUUGAAUCAGGGCUUCCUGAAGGUGGAGAGGUACCACAGCCUCUGCCAACGGCAGGUCAAAGCCCAGCUCCCCAGGCGCGAGUCUGAAAGGAGAAACCAUUCCCUGGCUCGUCAUGCUGACAUCCUGGCAGCCGUAGAAACGCGCCUCUCUCUCCUCAACAUGACAUUCAUGAAAUAUGUUGACUCCAACCUGUGCUGCUUUAUUCCUGGAAAGGUGAUCGAUGAGAUCUACCGUGUUCUGCGAUAUGUAAACUCUACUCGAGCCCCCCAGCGAGCUCAUGAGGUUCUCCAGGAGCUGAGGGACAUCUCUUCCAUGGCCAUGGAGUAUUUUGAUGAAAAGAUUGUCCCUAUUUUGAAGAAAAAGCUUCCAGGGACCGAUUUGUCUGGCCGUCUCAUCGGAUCUGCACCAGUGGCGUGUCCUUCCACCUCCCUGACCAACCUGUCCCUGCUGGCUAAGAACACCCCGUCUCGCUCUGAGAUGACAAAGGUGCAGCAGCAGAUCAAAGUCAACGGGGCGUCUAUGACAGUUCUGCGGCGAGAAAUGCAGGAAAUUCGUGUGAAACAGCUCGAGCAGCAGAAGCAGUUGCAGGACCAGGAGCAAAAGCUGCUGGAGCAGAGCCAGGUGAUCGGUGAACAGAACGCCCGACUAGCAGAGCUGGAGCACAAGCUCCGUGAGCUGAUUGACAGUGGUGCUGCAGUCAUAGGAGGACCCCAACCCUCCACGUCCAGCCCUCCUGCUAUGACCCCUGCUGCUGCCAGCAUGCCUCCUGCUAUGUUGGCUUGUGACAAUGUGGCUGUAACGUCACCCAGACAACUGGAGGGUGAGGACAGCGCCUCGCUGAAGCGCAACAGAACGAGCUCAGACCUUCCAAGACAUUCCAAACGACUGCGCAGGCGGAAAUGAGGAUGCUGGUUUUUAGUUUGACUGAUUGCACCAACCUCUCCACAUCCUGUAUAUCAUCACUCACACCAUCCUGUUGGGUCUUACCGAUGUUAGAAUCACACCUCCACCAUUGAAACUACAGCACGUACACUUGACUGGAGCUUUUAACUCUCCCGCAUUGUUAAUGGGGCCACAUGAGCCCCAGGUGCUUUUUAUUUAUUUUUUCUUCGGAGUGUUUAACCACCCCCUGUCCUGAAGGGGUCACCUGACAGGACAGUGGAAGGUUAAAACACGUUUGCACACUAGAGCUGAACGAUAUAUCGUUUAUUUGUCGGAAAUUGCUAUUUCAAACAACGGGAUCACGUGUUUGUCAAAACUGCUGUUUUAGCUUGACCGAUACAGGAUCGGUUGUGUCAACUAUUUUAGACAUCAGGGUUUUCCCAUGUUACGGGGCAGCAACUAGCAGGAGGGUGCCGGAGCUGAGCCCAAUUCUUCAGUUGACAGAGCGGCACAUUCUGAUUAUUCUCCCGAUUUUUUUCCCUUAUGUAGCAACGCUAGAGCCGAUAAUAAUGACUGUGGGAGUCUGACUCUGGUGCAAAUGUUGUCUCUCAGCACCAUGGGGGAGUGAGGGACAGAGAGACUUCUCCAGCAGCAGAAUGGAGUUCACCGUCAUAACACUAAGUGAACCUGAAAGUGCAACUUUUCUUCAAACGGUUUGAAUUUUUCUAAUGGCACACAGGUAUUCAAGCAAGCAUGUUAAACGUGUUUGGUGUCAGAGCGGUGUUUAUUCUGUGUUUUAGUAAGGAAAAGAAACGGCCCAUAACCACCUUGGUAAAUAAUGCAGGGACAACUCUCAAUGCAUUUUUUAAAUACAUUUGAACGCAAUUUUGACCUUCAGUUUUUCUCAUUGCAUUAAUAAAGUAGAACAAGAAGAACAAGAACCUGUCUACAUAAAAAUCACAAGUUGCUUCACCAGCACAUUAAAGAAUAAAGGAUAAUGGGACAAAAACA